GUUGUUGUCUGAUUAACAGUUUCUCGGUGGUUCUAGUCAGCACAGAGAAAAUUAGACGGGACAGUCGCUUAUUUGCACCCACAAGGUAAACGCUGAACAAUGCUCGAUUGGCCUCCUGUAUAAUUAACCGUAACGAUGUCGUUUGUGAGGAUUAACCGCCGACCAGGGCGAACUAAGAAAGUGUCUGUUCCCAAGAAAGAAUGGGUGAGCACAGUCACUGACCUCUCGGUGCAUAAAGCUACUCCAGAGGAAUUGUCCAGACGUCAUGAGAUGCACAAGUCCCACAACAAGGCACUGGCGCAGUGGGAGCUGAGGGAGAAAGGCUUAAAGCGUAUGCAGAAAAAGGCCCAUCCAGCGAGCCCUCCUGGAUUGGAUCAGGCCAGGCUCAGGAUCAUCAGAGAGGUGUUGUCAGAUCAGUGCCAGCUGCAGGAUGUUCUUGCACGGUCUGACAGAGCCAUGGCGGUGGUGAAAGAUCUGUUUGGUGAUGCCCCUCGCAGACAGACUGGGUUUCCUAAUGUUACCAUGGCACCUGACUGUGACUCUGAUUCGGAGCUCCCUGUUCUGCAGAAACCAGAUCCGCCCACACAGCUCUCACUUCUCAGCCAAUCCAUGAUGGACCAACAGGCCUUAAAUGAGUUGGAGGAUUCUGCAGCGGAGCAUGGGGAGGAUGAUCAGGACUCUUCAGUCAGCUUUAACAGUGAAAUGUGCAGGCCAAAGAGGAAAACGUGUAAAGCUAAGCCUCCUCAGUGGACUAUAGACCAGCGUCUGCAGCAGCAGAACCUUCCUCAGACUCCGUGUAAUGCAGCAGGAUCAGAUCAACAAGCAGCUCUGAAUGCAACAGUGGCUGUGGAGCGUUUAAAAUCGAGGCAGUCUCAGUCAGACACAAUACAGUCCACCACUCUGGUUACUCAGGUCCUCAAUCCUGAACCUGCUACCUCUCAUUCAGGUGGUAAAAGCAAGUCUUCCAGGACAACCAGAAGGUGCUCUCCAGGAACCUCUGGGCUGGAUGGGUCUGGGUUCAGCUCUCAGAGUGCGAACCAGUCCAGUCUGGAGCUUUUGCAGGACAUGCUGGGUCAGGUGGAAACAGAGCUGGCCUAUCUGGAACCACAGGGGCCUCUCAGCUCAUCUCAGCCGCCUAAUCUGCAUCGGGGCCUCACUGGCUUCUCUGUAGCACUGGUGGCCACUCUGGGACGCAUUGCCAGUCACCUUAGACGAAGAGAGGAGGAGGCUCAAAAAGAGGCACAAGUGAGAAAGAGUCUGGAGGAGGAGGUCGGGGAGCAGAGGGCUCUGAUUGAUGCCCUCUCAGCUGAGUGCCUCUCACUGAGGGAGGAGAGCGCUGCACUACAGGAAAGUCUCAGAGAACGGACAACAGAACUUGAGCAGCGCCUGGACAUGGUGAUCCUGGGGCUGGGAGAUUUAGGAAGUGGAAAAGAAGAGAGAGAAAUAGAACCACAAGAUGGUGCAGUGCCAAGAACUGAUGCUAUGCCUCUUCACACUGAACGGCUUCCACAGAAGCAGGUCUCCGAAACUCCCGCUGUUUUGCUCUCUCCUCCACGCCAGAGAGACAGCAGAGCGCCUCCUGCAGCAGCUCGUUCUCGCUCUUUGCGCUUUGAGGGUUCUCAUUCGACGGCCAGUGCUGGGUCGCUGGAGGACUCUGAGGCCCGCUGCACUCCUUCCUCCUUCAUCAGUCUGCCCGAUAGUGUCUUGCCACGUCCAGUCCCGCUGCUGGACCAUCCACCCCAGUAUGCAGGGCUGCAGCAGAUCGCAGAGUUGACCAGUCAGAAUGGGGUGAUUCAGGCUCAGCUGGGCCAGUUCUGUCCUUCUCACACAAGAGCUUCAGUGUCCAGAGAGCUGGACACAGACAGGCUGUCCCCUGUCAACACUAAAGACAGGCAACCAUCACCCUCUACUGGACAACAGCCAAAGCAACAGUGUGUGGGUGCAGCUGACUCCUCAGUGAGGCUGAUGGAGGAGAGGCUGCAGCAGCUGAACAGACAGAGUGCAGCAGCAAGGGCGAAACUGCUGGAACUGAUAGAGCAGCAGAAACAGACGACCUCCCUCAAUGUCUCUCCCUCAAUCUCUCCUAUACCUCCACAAUCCAUCAGCCCUAACACAGAUGCUGGAAGGCUGACUCAGGGAUCAUGUGUCUUUGUAUCUGAGAGAGGUCAUCCCUCUAACACAAACAGCAGAAGGUCAGCAGAAGCAGUUUCUCCACAAAGUGAAGAGGGAGGAGAAAGGCGUGUCAUUAAUACACAGGUGGAUAAACUGAAAGGAGAAGGCUGGUUUGCACUGUCUGCUCAUAUCCGCUAAAACCAUUCCUGCAAACAAGCAACAGGACUGAUGGGACCAGCUGCUGCACCGUACCUGCGUUCUUUUACACUGUUUGUUUUUAAUAUUGUACAUACUUUAAUAAAUUUUAAACAGUUU